CAUGUGUCUGAGACACUUGAGGUAAUGUCUAAAAACAAUGAGGCAAUAAAAUCAGCCACCACAACGGAACAAAUCCAACGUUCACCAGAUAAGACCACCGACGCCGCCGCCGACCGCCUCCGGUGACCUGACCACCUCCUCCCAAAUGGGUGCCCCAGAUUCCGCGAUGGAGAGAAAAAAUGAUGAUGAUGUAGAGAGAGAAGAAGAAGAUGAAGAAGAAGGGGAUGAGAAGGAGAAUCAGAAAGAAGACGAGGAAGAGAAGGAUGUGGAGAAAGUUGAAGUGGUUGUUGAAGAAGCAGUGAUUCAGAACAACCCUCCAAGACCAAUUCACAUGUCGAGAAUGCAAAGAUUGGCCACUACAAACCCUCUGAGACUUGUCAUCAAUAGUGCCACCAGAGUCGCCUCACCCUCUCCCCAGCAACCGCGUCCCUCUCCCCAGCAACCUCGUCCCUCUCCCCCUAUGUCUCAGCCUCGCUCUACCCCAACCCCACAACAAUCAGUUAUAACAUUGAAUUCAAGGACAUACACAAACAGAAUAUCAUUGUUCUUGUUUGUUGUGCACACGGUUAUGGCUAUUGGGCUAGUUGGUUUUCUUCUAUACAGGGGAAUUGAAGGCAUGAUACAGGCAGGUUCAACAAGGAGAAGGGAGAAGAGGGUAUUACAGUAUUUUCUGCCACAGGUUGAGGUUGCCUCCAUUCUUAGCAUCACACUCGCAUUCGCAUGGCAAAAGGCUGUGAGGGUAUGGCCUAAAUUCACAGUCCAUUUCAUACUUUGGAGCUCUUUCGUCAUGUCGUUGUCAGCUGGAAUUCUCCUAAUUUGCUUCCAAAAACCCCCCACCGAUGGCGUUGGAGUCCUCUUUAUCGCCUUUGCAAUUGGCAAUGGCUUGUACUCUUGUUGGGUCACGCCGCGGAUUGGGUUUUGUUGCAAGAUCCUGAUUAAAGCGCUUGAACCAGUUUCAAAGUUCUCGGAUUUGAAUCAGCCCACUUAUUGGAUGCUUGGAAUUGGUUUCUUGUGGAUGUCUGUAUGGAUUUUAGCUGUAAUUGGGUCAAUAAAUUUCUACUUCACACCACUGAUCAUAAUAGUGUUAGUCUUGAGCUUGGCUUGGACCACUGAGGUCAUGAGGAAUGUUGCUAAUAUAACAGUUAGCAGAGUGAUUGCUUUGUAUUAUCUCAGAGGAAUGCAAUCUGGUACUCAAUUUUGCUUCCAAAGAGCCUUGUCUAUAAAUCUUGGAAGUGCUUGUCUUGGGUCCCUUUUUGUGCCUGCCAUUGAAGCUCUGAGAAUUGUAGCUCGAGGUUUGAAUUUGAUCGAGGGAGAAGAUGAGUUCAUGUUCUCUUGUGCACAUUGCUGUCUCAAAGUCAUGGAGUCCAUCUUCAGAUAUGGCAAUGGCUGGGCCUAUGUACAGAUAGCAGCAUAUGGAAAAGAUUUUGUGAAGGCAUCACAAGACACUUGGGAGCUCUUUGAGGAGCGAGAAAUGGAGCCCAUUGUCGACACCGACAUGACCAGCGCGAUCUGCUUCCUCACCGGUGUCUGCAGUGGCUCCAUCUGUGUUAUUGUAGUUGCAGCUUGGACUGCCACCGUGCACGAGAAGUUCACCGCCACCAUUUCACUCCUUUCCUUCUUCGUUGGUUACCUCAUGACUAGGAUUGCCAUGGCAUUGCCUCAUGCUUGUGUGAAUUGCUACUAUGUUUGCUACGCCGAGAAUCCACAAAACAGGCUAUUUGAUAAAACAAUAGCUGACCGUCUCACCAUGUUGAAUUCCGGUCGCGACGUGUAUGUGCCGACGCCACAUGUCCCUCGUCGAUUUGCGAGAUAGUUCAGAGCUCAGAUGACCACAAAUUGUGUCAAGUCUAACAAAAUACGCAUGUGUUACACAUUGGUAUGGUUUUAAUUAUGCCAGGGAGCUAAAGUUAUGCACUAAAAUGAGCACACUGAGUGGGACCAAAAAGGGUUAACCUAGACUGGACAGGACCAAAGCUGAAUUUUCCACAUGGUGGUGGAGAUAUGGUGAUGAUGGAAAUUUUGAACAUGAAAGUACUAUUAUACCACUAUCGAGUGGAUGGAUGCUUUUGAAAUUGGGAGGGAUGAGGAGACCCCACUGAGAUUCUUAUCAACAAGGCUACAAGAACAAAGUGUCUUCUGGUCCUGCCCUAUUGUGUAUUGUAUUUGGGAAUACUUUUGGGAUAUUCGAUUAUAGCUAGUCCCACCAUCAUUUAAUUAUUAUUAUUUUAGUCUGGUAGAAUCUAUCAUUAUUUAAUUACAUUGUUUUUGUUUAUGUAAUCUUCAUGUGAAUCACCACCAUGGGGAGAUUUCAUUAAUUUAUUUUUUCGACCUUUCACUUCUA